UCACUCACGCAGUCAGCUGAUAUCUAGGCAACAAAACUGUGAGGGGAGUUUGGGUGUGUAUCUGCUUGCCUCCUUCCCCUCUUCCUCCUUCACUUAUUUUAAAUUUUUCGUUUUAUCUGUCAGUUCACCAGUGACUCUCGUGGUUAGCGUUACUACUACUACUACUACUACUACUGCUACUACUACUGCUACUACUACUACUACUACUACUACUAUCUAAGGAGAUACGGAAGAGACGAAAGGAAGCAAGGAAGGAAGAGGACUGGCAACCCGUUCUCCUCCUCCUCCUCAUCCUCCUCCUCCUCUUCGCCCAGGACUGCAAUCAUCAUGUUACUAGAGACACCACCUCCACUACCACCACCACCGCCGCCAACACAAGAAUCAGAGAAAACGGAGCCAGACGAAGAGACUGAAGGGGAAACUGAAGCAAACCUGAAGUGUUCUGAAGAAAACGAGGAUGAACCUUUGAAAACACACAGUGCCCAAACAUAUCCGGUCUUGCAGCCUCCCACGGACACACCCACGCCCUCACAGCGCCUUGGGGAGCUGCUGAAGGGCGCCAGCAUCCCAGGGGACAGCGGGUCGGCCCCUGUGGAACCCCCUUGGCUGGAUAAAGGAUUAUUUGACAAAGGCAGACAGUUUUAUAGAAAAUUUUUAUUCUGUCUUAAUUUCUCAGAGCUGUUGUCGUUGUUAUUAGUGCUCGCUCAAGGCCACGUACUGAAGCCCUUAGUGUACACAGGGAGGUCAGACACGCCACCUGUUGCCCGCAGGAGGUACUUCUCAACCCUCCUUCAUUUAAUAUCAUGGUUUGAAGGGGACGUGUGGGACCAGACAGGACUCGCCCACAAGGACCUCAUGGGUAUCCGAAGAACCCAUCUACGCUACGGCAUGUCCUUCAACUCCCCAGGGACGCGAGAGAAGGUCCUGCGUGUGUCUGUGAAGGGUCGCGGCCACCAGCAGCCUCCUAACCCCCUUGUGCCAAGCUUGCGGGAGGAUCUGGCGGCUUGUGAUGCGAUUCGAUCCUCUAUGGAGACUAGGAAAACGCUCCAAUCCCCUGUAGACGAGAUCCAAUCCUCUAUAGACACCAGAACCAUGACCCAACCCUCUAUAGAGACUGGCAACACGAUCCAAACCUCUUUAGAAGCACGUGAUAGCACCCAAACCUCUAUAGAAUCCACUAACACUACCCAAUUCCCUUUAAAAUCCAAUAACAAAGGAAUCGAACCCUCUAUGGACACCACAAAGGGAAUCCAAACCUUUAUAGAGGCGCCUAAAGAGGAUUCCACUGUGUUUAUCAGCCAACUGGACAUGGCGUUUACUCAGUACUCCUUCAUGGGCCUCAUUUUAGCUCAUCCGGGGCAGUUAGGGGCAGCUGCGGCCACUGAGAAGGAGUUUGAGGGCUUAGUGCACUUCUGGCGUGGGAUAGGAUGGCUGCUUGGGAUAAAAGAUGAGUUUAAUUUCUGUUCAGGCUCCGUGGGGGAAACCAGAGAGCUGUGUUUGGAGGUGGAGCGACGUAUCCUCCUCCCUCGACUGUCAGAAGCCAACUGGGACUAUGAACAUAUGGUGCACUGUCUUAUAAGUGGGAUCAGCCAGUUUCUUCCCGUUCUGUCUCUCCCUGCCAUGCUUAAAUACUUAUCUUACACCCUAAACAUUCCCACGCCCUCUCUCUCUCGUAGGAUGUCUUGGCGUAACACCCUACAGUACUGGGUCAUGAGGCUUACGUUCGGGGCUGUGUAUUAUUACCCAAAAAUACUAGUUAAGUUGAAUUUGUGGUUCAGAAGAGUCAUUCAUAAGGUUGUGGUUAAUGAUAAGGUGAACCUGCUCGCCUACAGGAAGGGACAGGCUGACCUCGCUGUGCCCUUCAGGGAUUUUGAAGGGAAUGGUGCGUCUAGGUGUCCUUUCAGUGUUAGAUAAGGUAGUGGUGGCGUGGCUCUCUCUCUCUCUCUCUCUCUCUCUCUCUCUCUCUCUCUCUCUCUCUCUCUCUCUGGCCAAUAAUCUAGUCAUGAGUAUGUUAGUUUGUUUUCAAUAAAUGUAUUACUUUUGAU